AUGGAUACAUCCACGACUUCUGCAGAUCCCGAAGACUCUUUAGAAACCCUUUUAUCUGAUUGGAUAAUUGGAACUUAUGGAUCUCCCACUCCAUCCAAUGAAGUACGAAGAGUACAAGAGCUAUUAGUCGCCACUGAUGUAAUUCUCUCCCGAUACAAAAACAAAUCAUCUAGCAAACUAAAAAACCACCCUCUUUUGGUUGUUGCUGGUCCACCAGGUAUUGGAAAGAGCAGAUUCCUUCAAGAACUCGAGGAUCAUGUCAAAUCCCUUGUCAAAGAUCUUCCAUGCAACCAACUUCAUGUCAACAUCACUUUUGGAAAUGGAAGCCCACUCGAUACUUCAGUCGAAACAGUCGCCCGACUUUCAGUUGCAUUUCGUAUCUUGUUCUCCUACUUCCUAGGUCCCUCAAAUGACUACUUUUUGUUUCGUAGAUCUUUACUUCAACAGAAGUUUGACCUCUAUGAUUUCCAGGUUAGAGAUGCUAUCAAUAUUAUUGUAUCCGAUUUCAAGUCACGCAAUAAUAUCGGCGACCAGGAUAUCAUUGUCACUCUUGGUGUUGACGAGUUUCAAAAGUCAUUGUUGGAUCCCGUCCGUGCCUAUGGGUCGAGGGAUGAAUUCCAACGAUCUUACCUCAAGAAUGUUGUUCUAUCAGUUUCCAGUCUCCUCACAUCUCCUCCUUCUGGUACAUUCGUAUCUGUUGUUUUUGCUGGAACCUUUCUUCAGCCAAUUUCAGAGGUCAUCAAUCGGGCCUCAUCCCACCAUUUCAUCCACAUUUCAUUGCCACUCUUGACACGAGGUGAAUAUCAGUCAGUAUUCAUGGAAUUCGCAAAAGACUCAGUCCCUCCCUUUGACAUCAACAACAAAGCACUGCUUAUUGCUUUGGACUCGACUGGUGGUUGGCCGCGCCCAAUUGAGUUCUUUCUUCGUGCACUAUUGGAAAGAAAUGCCCCAUUCGAGCGUCCAUUUCGAUUACAACAAACUCCAACACUACGAGAUUUGCUCACAAAUAUAACCAAGCUCUUGGCAACUCAGUAUCCUCUUGCCAACAAUGAUUCUUUCCUACAACUAGUUUGCCACUCCAUCGUUGAGGAUCGAAUAGCCAUUUUUGAUCAACCAACACCCAAUUCAAUUACAUAUGGCGAGCUCCAGAGUAAUGGUGCAAUCUUCAUUGCAAAUGACGACAAUGGGAACCAAAUUGUCCGUUUGCCUCUCUGUUUUUUGAUAUCCUAUUCUUUGCAGUUCUUUGGGGCUGAUCACAACAUCAACAGGAUGAUGAAUCUCAUCAUGGAUAUGGAUCACGAUCAGAACUGGGAGGAGUUUGUCGCUCGAUAUGAACUCCUUCGAGCUUACUCCUAUUCUACUCUUGGUAUAUCUACCCCAACUAUUGGGCACUAUUUCAAGAACGCUUACUAUUCACCAUACACAAUGGUCGAUCACCUCAUUCAAGUUACAAGUGGAGAGCACCUUAGACCACCCCAUAGAUUUCCAGAGAAUACCCCUAAAGACGAAUUUUCUCUUCUUUUGACCAAACUGGAACAAGGAUCUGUCAUCUCCAAUCCCAAGGGAGGAAAACUCGAUUUUAUUUUCAAGAGGAACAUUCUUGAUGUGAACUCUGGCAACGAAUUUAAGGGGAACUUCAUAUUGGCUGAUGCCAAGUUUACAGAGAAUAAUAUUAUUCUGGACUUCAACUCUCAGAUUGUGCCAAGUUUGAAUAAAGCUAUUUUACUCGAUCCGAAUGGUAAUCACAUCGUUCUGUUCUCAACCAACAGACGUUUACCCCCAAACAUCAAUUCCAUUUUGGAUGUACAAAAGUAUGGACGAGUAAUAAUUGUUGCAAAGGGAAACUUCAAUUACUUUGCCUACCCAUUCGGACAGUUAUUUGAAGAUCCAACUGUAGAACAACCAUAG